AUGGCCAUGGCGUUCUCAAAGUGGGCCAGGAUUUGCGAGCCCAUCUCCAGGCUUUGCAAGGCCAUCGGACGCAUCUACAAGGAUGCGCCGACGCUUUGCCUCAUAGCCACCUCUACGAUUGCGCUGGUGGUUCUGCUGGUGGCGCUCUUCAGCAGUUGCGUGGCGCGGCUCAUGGGCGCCCGCGGCGCCCUGACCGUGGACCUCAUCCUCUUCUGGCUCUUCGCACGGUUGGUGGCUCGGGUGCUGAUGUUUCCAGGCUCGCUGAAGCUCUUCCAAAGGAGCACGGAGGCCAAUUACAGGAUCGAGAUCGCGCGGCACUACAUGCUCUGCGUGCGCCAGCUGUGGCACUUCCUGCGUCACGCGGGCCGCGUGGCAGAGGUCACCCUGCGCGGCGUCACUCUGGAGGGCCUGGAGAAGUCCUGCACAGCGAUCUCCACUUUGGCCAGCUCCCUGCGCACCCAGCAGCAGCACGAGGCGCGACUGAGCAAAGAGCAGACCCAGGCGAGGACUUGGAACGCUGGCUGCCGACGGUCCAGGUGCGGCUGA